GCGAAGCAGGGGCCGCCCCUUGGCACCCUAUCCCCGCCCCCGGCCCCCAACCCAGUCGUCCACCCCACCGACUCGCGGGGCCUCUGGCUUGUUCUGCCGUCUGUCCGGCACCAGCGGAGCAAGACAGAAGCAGCGGCCUCUGCCUUCCUGGAUCCAGUUGGGUUCAGCAUGGCGAACUUCACGCCUGUCAACGGCAGCUCAGCCAAUCAGUCUGUGCGCCUGGUCACAGCAGCCGCCAGCCACCUGGAGACCGUGGAGAUGGUGUUCAUUGCCACAGUAACUGGCUCCCUGAGCCUGGUGACUGUCGUGGGUAACAUCUUGGUGAUGCUAUCCAUCAAGGUCAACAGGCAGCUGCAGACGGUCAACAACUACUUCCUGUUCAGCCUGGCAUGUGCGGAUCUCAUCAUAGGGGCUUUCUCUAUGAACCUCUACACCUUGUACAUCAUCAAGGGCUACUGGCCCCUGGGUGCCGUGGUCUGUGACCUGUGGCUGGCCCUAGACUAUGUGGUGAGCAAUGCUUCUGUCAUGAACCUUCUCAUCAUCAGCUUUGACCGCUACUUCUGCGUCACCAAACCCCUCACCUAUCCCGCCCGCCGCACUACUAAGAUGGCAGGCCUCAUGAUUGCAGCUGCCUGGGUCUUGUCCUUUGUGCUGUGGGCCCCUGCCAUCUUGUUCUGGCAGUUUGUGGUGGGCAAGAGGACAGUGCCUGAUAACCAAUGCUUCAUCCAGUUCUUGUCCAACCCGGCAGUGACCUUUGGCACAGCCAUUGCUGCCUUCUACCUGCCUGUGGUCAUCAUGACGGUGCUGUACAUUCACAUCUCACUGGCCAGCCGCAGCCGCGUUCACAAGCAUCGGCCUGAGGGCCCCAAGGAGAAGAAGGCCAAGACUCUGGCUUUUCUCAAGAGCCCUUUGAUGAAGCCAAGUAUCAAGAAACCUCCACCAGGGGGCGCUUCUCGAGAGGAACUGCGCAACGGGAAGCUAGAAGAGGCUCCUCCGCCAGCCUUGCCCCCGCCUCCACGCCCAGUGCCUGACAAGGACACUUCCAAUGAGUCCAGCUCAGGCAGUGCCACCCAGAACACCAAGGAACGGCCACCCACAGAGCUGUCCACCACAGAGGCCACCACACCAGCGCUGCCUGCCCCUACUCUGCAGCCACGAACCCUCAAUCCAGCCUCCAAAUGGUCCAAGAUUCAAAUUGUAACAAAGCAGACAGGCAACGAAUGUGUGACGGCCAUCGAGAUUGUACCUGCCACGCCAGCUGGUAUGCGCCCAGCAGCCAAUGUGGCCCGAAAGUUUGCCAGCAUCGCUCGCAACCAGGUGCGCAAGAAGCGCCAGAUGGCGGCCCGGGAGCGGAAAGUGACUCGGACAAUCUUUGCCAUUUUGCUGGCCUUCAUCCUCACCUGGACACCCUACAAUGUCAUGGUCCUGGUGAACACCUUUUGCCAGAGCUGUAUCCCCGAAAGGGUGUGGUCCAUCGGCUACUGGCUCUGCUACGUCAACAGCACCAUCAACCCUGCCUGCUAUGCACUCUGCAAUGCCACUUUCAAAAAGACCUUCCGGCACCUUUUGCUGUGCCAGUAUCGGAACAUCGGCACAGCCAGGUAGACGGACAGGUGCCCUAGAAGGUGCUGGUGUCAUGAGUGUGUACCGGGGAACCACAUGGCUCACCGGCUGUGGAGGAGAGAGUAGGCGGCCCCACUCUGAGUUCACAUCUGCUGAAGAGAACAGGUCUCCCAGACACCAUGAGGUACAAGAGGCUCUCCGCUGGGAUGGGAGAGCAGAUUUCUACUGAAGCCUAGGAGGCUCGACCCAAGGAGGGUCUGAACUGGCACUACCUGGUCCAUAUCUGAUACUUUGCCUCAGGAAGAAGGGGGACAAUAGCUGGAGUGGGCAGUGGCUCAAUCAAGGCCAACCAUCAGCCGAGGUGGAUGAACAGAGCAGAGCCCAGGAGCAUCUUGAGAGGAGCAAAAGGAGCCAGACUUGCAAGGGUGGGGUCCCCCGUUGUGCUGUAAUCGGUGCUUUCCGCCUUCCUGCACCCUCCUCCCCCUGCAUGUAGGCUCAGCCCUUCCCCUGCCCACAAGUCCCACUCCAGGGUGAGGGACUUCCCUGCUGUUGUUGCUUAGCCAGACUCUGGGUGGGAAGCCAAGCCCUUUGGCCAGCAGUCAUCUGGAUGGGGCAACUGGGAGGACAUGCUAAGCUGAGAUACAGACUCCAGGGGACUGAGUCAAUUAAUGGUGGAUCUCAUUGUCAACUGUCCAGAGCCCACCCCCAGGUCACACAUCAAAUGGACGGCAGUGGGCAGUGUUCUCUCUACCUCUCCACGGAGGGAGGUAUGGGCCCAAGGGGAACCGGUGGGGGGAGGGGGGAACUUGGUGGUCCAUACAGGAUUCAGUGGCGGGUGAUGCAAGCAAGCACCCGCAUCAGUUCCCAAUGAGAUCUCAUUCCAGACUGGCAGUAGCCUGGACCAGAAAGACUCUUGACUAGGUGAGGCAGAGUUCAAGUGAGUCACCUAGGUCCUCUUCCCUAACCCCAGCCCUGUGGGGCCCUGGGAGCAAUGACACCCAAGGGGCCCUGGAAGACAUUUUUGUAAAUGUUCUGCUCUUUCCAUGAACUGUUGGGAGCACUUCCUACAAAGCCCUCAGCUCCCCUCAGUCUUUCCCCGUCCUCCCGUCCCCAACAAAGCGCCAUGGCAAACUCCCUGGGAAGGGGCUUUUAUAUAUUAAAAAAAGAAGCUUUUAUUGGAAAAAAA